GGAGAGGAGGGGAGAGAGUUGCCUGAGCGUCCUUAUAUACGCAGCUCCACUCUGCUCGCAGCCAUAUCCUGCAGAGGACACUACACCUGCACCAUGUCCUGCAAGAAAGUCAUUGUAGUCUUUGGAGCCACAGGAGCACAGGGCGGAUCAGUCGCUGCAGCGCUCCUGGAAGAAGGCACCUUUGCAGUCAGGGCAGUGACUCGCGAUCCCAGCAAGUCGGCAGCCGUGAAGCUGAAGGAGGCCGGAGCGGAGGUCGUGUCUGCGGAUCUGGACAAUGAGAAAAGCCUGGAGGCCGCGCUGGGCGGAGCUUAUGGAGCGUUCGUGGUCACCAACUUCUGGGAGCAUUUCAGCAAGGACAAAGAGGUCGCCCAGGGUAAACUGAUUGCAGAUGUGUCCAAGCGCCUUGGUCUGCAGAUUGUGGUCUUCAGCGGCUUGGAGAAUGUGAAGAAACGGACAGGGGGGAAGCUGGAUGUGCUGCAUUUUGAUGGGAAAGGGGAGGUUGAGGAAUACUUCAGAGAGAUUGGGGUCCCCAUGACCAGCGUCCGGCUCCCCAGUUACUACGAGAAUCUGCUGACCUUCUUCAGGCCCCAGAAGAACAAGGACAGCGACAGCUACUCUUUAGCCAUCCCGAUGGGUGAUACUCUCCUGGAUGGGAUGUCAGUAAAAGAUUUGGGUGGCGUUGUUGUCAGUAUCCUGAAGUCGCCAUCGCAGUACGCAGGCAAGGACAUCGGACUGAGCACAGACAAGCUGACGGUGGCACAGUACGCUGCCAUAAUGUCCAAAGUCUCCGGCAAAGACAUUCGAGACGCCAAGAUCACCCCUGAAGCGUACGAGAAGCUCGGCUUCCCCGGAGCAGAAGAGCUCGCCAACAUGUUCCGAUUCUACUUGCUGAAGCCUGAUCGGGAUGUGGCGCUCACCUUAAAGCUCAACCCCAAGGCCAAGAAGUUCCAGCAAUGGGCGGAAGAGAACAAGGAGACGCUCAAGGGCUUUUGAAGUCACCAAGAUUGCCUGAAAGAGAAAAAGACUGAAAAACCGGGCAACAUCGGGGCUGAUUUCACAAAACUAGUGCAUGAAAAAUGCGUAACCAUAGCAGCCACUCGGCCUAUUAUUAAGAACGCCCCCUUCCUAUAGGCCACGCCCCUCCUACUCCAGUUCUGUUAAAUCUACGCAAUGUUGUCUGGACAAACUGUGAAGCACUGACAUUUUUUUGUGAUGAGAUCCAUGGCUCUCCUCCACUUUUCUGUAUUCGUAUAUUAAUAAAAUAAUUCUUCUGAA